ACCCCCCUGCAGUCCCCCCUGGCGCCAACAAGAACCCUGGUGCUGCGGGUUGUGCAACAGAGACGCUCGGCCGAAGCGUCGGCGGUCCAUUGAGAAAACUCCCGCCUUCACCAUUCAGACGAUGUACUCAGUCCAGACCGAAGAAAACAAAAUGGCGGCCGGCGGCGACGCGACUCGGGAGCCAAACCGCCGAGAGGUGCACGAGUCGGCCGCUUCAGGAGACGGGGCCGGGAGUCUGUCUUCAGUCGCGACUCAGAUGACUGUUUUGAGUGCCAGGAGCCUCGUUUCAGACGACAGCGCCUCCGUCAGCACAGUCGUCCUAGAGGCCAAUUCGAACCAGGCGUUUGAGGACUACGCCGAAGAACGGGUUUCUGGGAAAUCCGACGAAGAGGGGUCUCUGAAGUCUGAAGAACGGGUUUCUGUGAAAUCUGACGAACAGGGGUCUCUGAAAUCCGAAGAACAGCUGUCCGUCGACUCCCUAUCGAGCGGCUGUUCCCACGAGCGGUGCCAACUCUGCCUCCCCAAAGGACUAUCCUCAAGACCUCCCAACACGGGGCUUCCUACUCCUUCCACGACUCCCACAGGCACGACGCCGAGGCAGUCCCCAUCCCCCAGGAGGUCUUACGCCUCGAGCUCCAACGGCGAGGAACGAGAGAUUGAAAGCACGGCGCUGUAGGUUAGGCCGGAGGUGUUGGCGGUAUGGAUGAAGGUACUUUCUCCAAGUCCCUGGCCACAGCUGACGAGGAAAAGGGGUGUUGGAAGUAUUACUUUACUCUCUCUCUCUCUCUGUGUCUCUCUCUAUCUGUGUGUGUGUGUGUGUGUGUGUGUGUUCUGUGUGUGUAUGUGUUUGUGUGUAUGUGUUUUCUGUGUGUGUGUGUUUGCUUUACCGUUGUGUUCCAAAUAUUGAUUUGGAACUGGUCAGCCUUUCUUCAUAAGUUGAAUUCGCGAUGAAAUUGAACCUGUGUUGAUUCUUCUUACAAAUCCUCGCACGCAAAACUCGCAAAAUGUUACUAAAGGAGUGAUUCAAAAUAGAAAGAACGAAUAAUGAUAAUAAUCAACACCAUUAAUGAUAAUAAUGUAUGCCUCACUGAUACAAGAUUAUCUCGCCAAGAAGGAAAAAAAUAUCCCAUUUAUCAGCAACAUAUAUUCUUGAUGAUAUGUUGCAGCUGAGAAAUGCCUGCUGUCAUUGAGUGUGACAAAUAAAUAAUCAUGCUCUGCAAUUAUUCUUUAAAUAGAGUUGUUAAAUUCUUAAACAGCUUUUUGCUAUAUGAAAAGCAUAUUGAGAUUGUUCAAUAAAUGAGCAUUUUUAUUGUUAAAGUGCUUAAUUUAUGACAAAAAAUAUAUGUACCAUAAAAAUUGACAGAUAAAAAUAAUUCUUGCUUUAUAUCAGCUGUUUUAGAUUCCCAAAAUAUAUAAAAGUGAUACUGAGAUCGUCUGGUAUAUCAACAAUGCUUGUAUUAUUGCUAAAAUGUUUCAUAAAAAAGUAUAUCUGUCAAAAAAUACAGGAAGCAAAAGAGGUAAACAGUAGCUUACCAGUGCAGUUUACAAGACACUGACGAACUACAUGUAUAUAUGUGUAUAUACUAACUCUAACCCUAUAAUAUUAGUUUUUCUGCAUCUUCUAUUUUCUAUAAACACAUAUUCUAGAACCAUAUUAUCCAUACUUUUAUAUAAUUCGUGUUUAGGUUAUUCUUUAAAAUUAUAUUCUUAAGCCUCUCCCUGUGGAUAAUUAAUGACACGGAUUUAAUAUUCUGUUUUAUAAUGUUAAUUCGACAAAUCUUUAUAAUGUUUUUUUUCUUAGAUAUUCUUAAACCUAUAUACUUCGUUUCUGUGAUAAAAUAUAUGGAUUGUAAUAAAGAAAAGGUAAGCAUCAUGUGGUAGAAUGUUUUGUUUGUAAUUGUUUGCUCUUAAAUUGAAGUGUUUUUGAUUAGUAAGAAUGUGUAUUUUACGGCAUGAUGCUUCUUUGUAGCAAUAAGUUUUUU